AGUUGACGGGGACGGGACACUUCAACUACAGUUAGCCACCUCGCCGAAAUAUUCAAGGUCUUUAUAAUGUUUCGGUGUAUAUUAGGCAUUGUGUUAUAAACACACGUCUACCAGUUACCCAAUGUCAUUUCAUAUUUACGUUGUUCGCUAGCUGGUUGGUUAAAUUUGCCUAUCACUAGUCUAAUCGCUAAUGCUAACUAGCUAGCUAACUUCCUCGACCAUGAGCGCACUAAGAUACUGCCCCCAUACUAAAGAGGAGGUCGGAUGGACGGAGAAAGAAACUCUGUUGAAAGAGGAGAAGGAAGAGGAUGCUGUCGCAGUUAAAAUAGAAGUAGAGGACGAGGCUGUUACUGUGAAAGAAGAAGAAACUGUUAAAAUAGAAGUAGAGGAUGAGGCUGUUACAGUGAAAGAAGAAGAGACUGUUAAAAUAGAAGUAGAGGACGAGGCUGUUACUGUGAAAGAAGAAGAGACUGUUAAAAUAGAAGUAGAGGACGAGGCUGUUACUGUGAAAGAAGAAGAGACUGUUAAAAUAGAAGUAGAGGACGAGGCUGUUACUGUGAAAGAAGAAGAGACUGUUAAAAUAGAAGUAGAGGACGAGGCUGUUACUGUGAAAGAAGAAGAGAUGGACGUUAGAGUGAACGAAGACAAAGGAGAGUUCGGAGUGAAAGAGGACGGGGAUGUUACCAAAGAUAUUUAUAUCUGUCAUGUAAAAAAAGAGGAGGAUGCCGUUUUUGGAGUGGAGGGAGAGAUAACUGUCACAGUGGAAGAAGAAGAAGAAGAGGAGACAGGAGAUCUGAUUGACAUCAGAGAGAGACGGGACUACUGUGGAUCCUCUGGGGAGCCUCAACAACAUCAUGAAGCUGACGAGGCAGAGAAGAGUCUGUCCACAUCAGAACGGCUCAAACACCAGCAGAGACCCAGAGGGAAGAAACCUCACCACUGCUCUAACUGUGGGAAGAGUUACUCAAGAUUAGAUUCACUAAAAGUACACCAGAGAAUUCACACUGGAGAGAAAACGAAUAGCUGUUAUCAAUGUGGGAAGAGUUUUAUUACAUCUAGCCAGCUGACUAUACACCAGAGAAAACACACAGGAGAGAAACCUUACCACUGCUCUGACUGUGGAAAGUUUUGCUGUCUCAGGAUAUUUACAAUCACAUCAGAGAACACACACAGGAGAGAAGCCUUAUAGCUGUCAUCAAUGUGGGCAGAGUUUUGCUCACUCAAACACACUGAUAUCACACUUGAGAAUACACACUGGAGAGAAAUCUCAUAGCUGCUCUCAUUGUGGGAAGAGGUGCACAUCUUUAGCAACCCUUAAAAUACAUCAAAGAAUCCAUACAGGAGAGAAACCUUAUAGCUGCGCUGACUGUGGGAAGUGUUUUGGUUUGUCAGGACAUUUAACAUUACACCAGAGAACACACACAGGAGAUAAACCUUAUAGGUGUGAUCAAUGUGGGAAGAAUUUUAGUUACUCAGGUGGCCUGAUAGUACAUCAGAGAAUCCAUACAGGAGAGAAACCUUAUAGCUGUGAUCAAUGUGGGAAGAGAUUUGUUACAUCUAAUAGUCGUAAUAUACACCAGAGAACACACACAGGAGAGAAACCUUACCACUGCUCUGACUGCGGAAAGAGUUUUGUUUCGACAGGACAUUUAAAAGUACACCAGACAACACACACAGGAGAGAAGCCUUAUAGCUGUAAUCAUUGUGGCAUGAGUUUCGUUACAUCGGGCAGCCUGAAAAGACACCAGAGAACACACACAGGAGACAAGCCUUAUAGCUGUGAUCAAUGUGGGAAGAGUUUUGUUACAUCUAGCUGUUGUACUAUACACCAGAGAACACACACAGGAGAGAAACCUUAUCACUGCUCUGACUGUGGAAAGCGUUUUGUUUCAUCAGGAUGUUUAAAGUCACACCAGAGAACACACACAGGAGAGAAGUGUCAUAGCUGUGAUCAAUGUGACAAGAGAUACUCUGAUAAAAGAUCUCUGAUUAAACAUCAGAAAAUUCAUACAUGAAGUCGUUUUUUUAAAUGAAAUAAUAUCACAAUGUAGAAUGUUUAACAUUGUAGUAUGAGUAUUUUAAUUAAUGAUGUCACAAUGUAGAGCCUGGAGUUUUAACAUUGUAGUAUGAGUAUUUUAAUUAAUGAUGUCACAAUGUAGAAUGUUUAACAUUGUAGUAGGAGUAUUUUAAUUAAUGAUGUCACAAUGUAGAACCCUAAACGUUUGCCCCCUUUUCUAUUGAUUUCAGCGUGAUAUUAGCCUCAUCAGGGGAAAACUCCAGGCUCUGAAUUGAAAGAGUCCUAUUUAAUGUCAUUAACAAAGAGUGAUUGUCAAAUAAAGCGUGACACUUACAUUGGCAACCCACUUAAAUCAAAAUGCACCACUUCAAACUGUAGCGAGCUGUUUUCUACUAAUUGUCCAGUGAUGUACACUUCAUUCCCAGAUUCCAUGUGUUUUUUUAAACUGUUCUAAACGUACGUGCAACCUCAUCUCCCCCUCUCGCGCCAUUGAUUUCAUAUCGAUAUGAAUGAUGACAAAUAAGUGUUGCGUUUAUCUUAGUUUUGGGGACCCCUACAUUUAAAUGCAUCACUCCAAAGUGUAGCUGACUGUCUCCUACAGGUUGUUGUCUAACCAGUGAGGUAAAAGAUAUCUCCCAUGUGUUUUUUAGUUGUGUUAGUUUCAACCGCAUGUGCAACCUGAUUUCCCCCCCUAAUCAUUAUCAGUGAUUUAUUGCCAGUUGUUUAAACAGUGUUUUUGGUGCAGUUUAGAAGGUGCUCGUUGACAUUUUUUUUAAAGUAAUAUGAUUACUAUUGUGUUUGUGUCGAUAGUACAUUUUCAUACUGAUGUUGUCAAUAUAUCACAAACUGUUUCUGCAUAUUGGUUAUUGAUUAGGACACGUUAAAACUGUUUUGACAUUGGGCUCUCCCACCUAGCAAAAUGACAUUGAAAAGACAUGAAGACUAUGCCCGAGGUCCAAUCUACGUUCGGUUUUGGUUGAAAAUAUGUAUUUUUCAGGUCCUUGUUUCAACGACUUGAAAACAACUUAAUUCAACGUACUUGCAGCCUAUACACAUGGAUGCAGUAUAUAAAAAAAUGGGUCUACGAACAAUUUUUAUGAACAAUCCUACAUCACUUGAUAUAAUCAUUUGUAUGUUUAAGAUAAUGACUAAAGUAUUCCACCCUGAAACCAUAUAAUUGUAUGAAAUGUGUUAGAGUCAUAAUCCAAUAAUGUGUGUGACUAGACUUUUUAAGACUAGGCCAUUGUGCUACUAUUUCGCAAUAUGAGCAGCGUAUAGUUGAGACAUUCAAGGACAACUGAACUGUCGACUUGUGAUAACGGUGAAACUAAUAACUGGAAAGAGGCCUCCCCACCCUAUGGAGGAGAAAAACUGUUAGAAAUGGCUAGGCUUGCAGAAGAUGAUGAAACAUGUUGCAGAAGUGUGAUAAACAAUGUAUGUGAACUUUGGAAAAAUACAGCCCACCUAAAGAGAGGUGGAGUUUCUACUGAUGUGAGUUCAUUUGUGUGUGGGAGCUAUAAAAAGAUUGUGUUCUCACUUUGAAGACAGAGCGCUCUCUGAAUAAAGGACCGAGCUAUUGCAGAA